GUACUUCGGGAAAUGGUGAUGGGACCCACGCAAUGAAUAAAUGCGCCCACGUUCUCUGGCUCUCUAUCCUCCUGAGCCGAGUCAAACGCUCCUACCUACCUCCUGCCCUGCUCUCCAUCCACACCAGAUCAGGGAGGGCACGGCGGGGUGCUCGCCGGAGCGCAGAGAGGAUAGGAGGCGGCGGCCGAUGAUUUGCUUGCUUCGUUGAGCAGCGGCUGGUUUGCUUCAUCACAUCUUUCCAUUCUUGGAUAGCCACACCGGCCCGGCGACCACCUCUCUGCUGGAGCUAGCUGCAGGCCUUGCAUUUCCAGCUAGGUUAUAAGAACUCACAUUACAUAUAACUGGAGUAUCAAUGGAUCCGCAAGCUAGUAGUAGCAGGAGUAUUACACAAAGUGACCUGGAGCGCAUGCUACUUGAUGAAGCCGCAGAGCCCAAGGCCCUUCCGUUCUCACUUUUGGAGAAGAUCACUAACAAUUUUUAUUAUAAGAACGAAAUUGGUAGAGGUGGUUUUGCGGUGGUUUAUAUGGGAGUGCUUGAGAAUGGGGUGGUCGCCGUAAAGAGGUUAUAUGAUGCAUAUAAGUAUGAGAAAGAAUUCCUCCGAGAGGUUGAAUCUCUCAUGAAGGUGAAGCAUAAAAAUAUAGUACGGUUCCUAGGGUAUUGUGUUGACAUACAAGGGAAGGUGGAUAGGUAUAAUGGAAAAAUUGUUAUGGCCGAUAUACAAGAAAGAUUGUUCUGCUUUGCAUAUCUACCUAACGGCAGUCUCGAUAAGCAUAUAAAAGAUGGAUCUUGUGGAAUUGAAUGGAAAACAUGUUAUCGUAUAAUCAAGGGGAUAUGUGAGGGACUACAUUACCUGCACAGUAUAAAUAUUAUGCACCUCGACUUGAAACCUUCAAAUAUAUUGAUGGAUGAUAAUAUGGUACCAAAAAUAACUGACUUUGGUGUCUCGAGGAACUUUGAGGAAAUGCAAUCCCGAACCGUUGCUACAAAAAUGAUUGGAACGAUUGGAUACUUGGCGCCAGAAUUCCACACCAAUGUAAUCACACGCAAGUUUGACUUGUAUAGUCUUGGUGUUAUAAUCAUGGAGAUAUUGACCGGAAAGAGGGAGUCUCAACCUGUUGAGAAUGUGCUUGAAAGUUGGAACAAUAGGUUGGAGCUAUCACAGAGAAACCAACAUUAUGAACAAAUACGAGUGUGCGCUGAGAUUGGGAUUGAGUGCAUAGAACACGAUCCAACAAACAGACCAGCUAGUAUGACACAUAUAAUGGAUUGGCUUGCUGAAACAGAAAGAACAGAGAUCAAGCCGUUUGGUUUGGAGACCAUGCUGAGUCAGCUCCAUGAUCUGUUUGAGAAGGGCUACUCAAACAUAAUUGGUGUGUGGGGUCAAGGAGGUGUUGGCAAGACGAUGCUUCUACAUGUUUUCAACAAUGAUCUUGAAAAGAAGGUCCAUCAGUAUCAGGUUGUUAUCUUUAUUGAAGUGUCCAAUUCAGAGACGCUGAACACAGUGGAGAUACAACGGACUAUCUCCGAAAGACUCAACUUGCCAUGGAAUGAUGAAGAGCCAAUUGCCAAACGAGCCAGAUUCUUGGUAAAGGCACUUGCUAGGAAAAGAUAUGUAAUCCUGCUUGAUGAUGUGAGGAAGAAAUUCCGACUGGAGGAUGUUGGUAUCCCAACUCCAGAUACCAAUAGCCAGAGCAAGCUGAUCCUCACAUCACGUUACCGAGAAAUAUGCUUCCAGAUGAAUGCACAAAGAAGCUUGAUUGAGAUGCAGAUUUUGGGUAACGAUGCUUCAUGGAAACUGUUCUUGAGCAAGCUGAGCAAGGAGGCUAGUGUAGCAGUUGAAUCGCUUGGUUCCCAGACUAGAGAGCACGCUAUGAAAAUAGCCCAAAGUUGUGGAGGCCUGCCACUUGCACUCAGUGUCAUUGGGACUGCUGUGGCAUGCUUGGAAGAGGGACAGUGGAGAUCAGCUGCGGGUGCAAUUGCUACCAAUAUGGACAAUAUUGAUGGUGUGGAUGAAAUGUUUGGUCGGUUGAAAUACAGCUACGACAGGCUCAUACCCACUCAACAACAGUGUUUCCUAUACUGUAUUCUUUUCCCAGAAUAUGGUUCUAUCAGUAAAGAGCAACUUGUUGAUUACUGGUUAGCUGAAGGUUUGCUAUUAAAUGGUUCUGGAAAGGGUUAUCAGAUAAUUCGCAGACUUGUUUCAGCUUGCUUGUUGCAGGUCAGUGGCUCAAUGUCUUCAGAGGUAAAAAUGCACCAUACAAUUAGGCAACUGGGGUUUUGGUUGGUCAACAAGUCAGAUGCAAAAUUUCUUGUUCAGCCAGGGAUGGCCUUGGAUAAUGCUCCAUCAGCUGGAGAAUGGAAAGAAGCUACCAGGAUCUCCAUCAUGUCUAAUAACAUUACAGAGCUUUCUUUCUCGCCGAAGUGCAAAAACGUCACUACAUUGUUGAUCCAGAACAACCCAAAUUUGAACAAGAUGAGCAAUGGAUUUUUUAGAACUAUGGCGACCUUGAAAGUGCUCGAUCUUUCUCAUACUGCAAUAACAUCACUUCCAGAUUGUAAGACAUUGGUUGCAUUGGAGCAUCUGAAUUUGUCUCACACACACAUUGUGAGGUUACCUGAGCGCCUAUGGUUACUAAAAGAGUUGAGGCAUUUGGAUCUGAGUGUGACUACUGCACUUGAAGAUACCUUGAACAACUGCUCAAAGUUGCACAAGUUGAAAGUGCUCAAUCUCUUUCGCAGCCGCUAUGGUAUCCGUGAUGUUGACGACCUGAAUCUGGAUUCCCUGAAGGAACAACUACUCUUCCUCGGAAUCACUAUUUAUGCAGAGGAUGUGCUAAAGAAAUUGAACAUGCCUGGUCCUUUGGCAAAGUCAACACAUCGCUUAAACUUGAAGUAUUGUGCAGAUAUGCAAUCAAUCAAAAUCUCUGACCUCGGCCACAUGGAGCACCUUGAGGAGCUGUAUGUUCAAUCAUGCUAUGACCUGAACACAGUCGUUGCUGAUGCCGAGCUUACAACUUCACAGUUGCAGUUCCUGACCCUGUCAGUUCUUCCCUCGUUGCAAAGUGUCGUUGUUGCGCCAAUGCCCCAUAAUUUUCAGUAUAUCUGCAAAUUGAUCAUUUCACAGUGCCCCAAGUUGUUGAACAUCACAUGGGUCCGAAGACUUCGUCUUCUUGAGAGGCUUUUCAUAUCUCAUUGUGAUGGGAUGCUCGAAUUUUUUGAAGAUCGGGAAGACGAGGAGCAGUGUGGAGAACAACUGAAAGUGCAGGGUCAUGCUUCAGAUAAACAAGAAGAUCAUGCUAUUGUAGAAACUUCACGGAAUGACACAGGGCAGAAUGACUUCCCAAAGUUGAGAUUGAUUGCAUUGACGCAACUCAAGAAGCUGAGUAGUAUUUGUAAACCAAGAGAAUUUCCAUGCCUUGAGACCCUUCGGGUGGAGGAGUGCCCAAAUCUGAGAAGCAUCCCGCUGAGCUGCACGCGUAACUAUGGGAAACUGAAGCAGAUAUGUGGCUCAUUUGAAUGGUGGGGGAAACUGCAGUGGGAAAAUUGGGAGGAGGCGGCAUAUGUGGAGAGAACCUACUUCAUUCCAAUCUGACAGAGCCCCAAUUUCAAUUGCUUUUGUAUGGCAUGCAGGCGGCUUAGUUCUGUCUUCAGUCUUCACACAAAUAAGAGGUCUCCUUUUAAAUUGUUUAAAAUUUGUAUAUGUGACGGCGUAGCUUCUAUACAUUCUUAGAACUACAUUCGUGUACAUGGUAUACUCUGCAAUUUGCUGAUAUUGCAUUCAUGUAAUACGAUUUGUUUAUUUAAA